ACUCUUGUAAGGGGUGUUGUGGAGAGGUGGGAAAAGGUGAAGAUUGGAUUUGAGACGUUUGGGGGGAGGUUCUGAAAGUGUUAAAUUGGAGGUGGGAGGGGGAAGGGCCUAGGGGAGAAUUUGGGUGGAAAAGGAGAGGACGGAGGUUUGGGGAAUGGAGAGCGUGUCGGUGUGACGAGGUAAUGGAGAAAGUGAGAGACUAGGAAGAAAGUUUGGGAGGAAGGGGAAUGGGAUGUGAGAUAGGACAGUGUAGCUGCACGAGUGAUAGAGGUUCAGGGGUUUCCCUUUCCCCUGUAGAAAGGAAGAGAGAGCAGAGUUAAGCAGCAUCAGUUACAGCCAAUUCUAAUUGCCAGGCCUUUAGCUUUUACUAGGGUGGGAAGGGCAGAAGGGAAUGGUCAUGUGGAUUUGGAGAAUUGGGGUUGGAUGAGGGUUCAACUGGAUUUCCAAAAGCUGCCUAGCUUACUGCUCCCUUGUUUUUCCUGGUUAUAAAAAGAAGAGAAAAUGGGGAGCCUGGUAUCGCUGGAGUGUGGAAGGAGUAAAGGACUUUUCUAGUUUUAAACAAUUAGCAAUGCCAGAAUGGGGAAACAGCCAUGCUAUGUUGGAACGCUGUUUGCAGGGAACAGAAAACACAGGAUGGUGUCUAGGCAGCCAUGCUAAUUAAAUGAGUGCUUUCGUUUCCAGACCCUUCUUUUGCUGUUUAAGUGCUAGGAGCGGGGGUCAGUAUUCAUACAUAAAAAAUGUUCCCUGGUGAAAUGUAGAUGUUUGACUGGAUGCUGCCUCAGUGGAUAUUUUGUUCUCACAGUGUGUGAGAAUUUGGAGGAUAGUUCUGGUCUCAUAAGCGAAGUAAUGGAAAGAAAGUGCCUUCUUUGGCUCUAACCACUUUCCUCCUAGUUCAUCUCAAGAUGAAAGUCAAUGUUAAUACUGUAACAAAUUAGGUGGGCCUCAUAAGGAAUUGAGGAGUCAGGUGACGUGUCAGAGGAUAAUUGGUUUUCCCACAAGUUGUUGAAUUUGGGACCUUUCUUGCCCUAAGCCACUGAGACUGGAAAUUCUUGGAGUUGGUUUUGUGUUGUGAAUUGGGUAGUAGAAGGUUAGGGAAGCCUGGGGUCUUUGAUGGGAGUGAGUUCUCUCAUUUAGCUCGGAGUGGAUCAUUUCAAUUGAAAUGGCUUUCGGCUUGUCUGUAUAUUUUUGCAGCUGAGAUUGACCACCUCUUUGAGGUUUCAAAAUAAAGCUUGAAAAUUGACGCUUCCCCCUCUUAUUUGUUUUUGCUUUGCUGCUGGCUUUGAACCUUGUGCUAGGAAGAGACCUGGGAAAUUAAGUUUCUUGCAGAGGGAGUUAACCCUCAGGAUUGAGACCUAUUGUAGAAUUGCAUCCAUUGAUACAUAAUUAGGACCACAGUGCUUUCCUGUAUUCUGCUUCAUUUUCCAGUGACCAGUAUAGUGGGGAUUGCAGCUGCUGAGCAGGGAUUCUGGAAAGCGUUGUGCACCUGAGCCCCCAGCAUGGCGGGCCUAAAGCGGAGGGCAAGCCAGGUGUGGCCCGAAGAGCAUGGUGAGCAAGAGCAUGGGCUGUAUAGCCUGCAUCGCAUGUUUGACAUCGUGGGCACCCACCUGACACACAGAGACGUACGAGUUCUUUCCUUCCUCUUUGUUGAUGUCAUUGAUGACCACGAGCGUGGCCUCAUCCGAAAUGGACGUGACUUCUUAUUGGCGCUGGAGCGCCAGGGCCGCUGUGAUGAGAGUAACUUUCGCCAGGUGCUGCAGCUGCUGCGCAUCAUCACUCGCCAUGACCUGCUGCCCUACGUCACCCUCAAGAGGAGACGGGCUGUGUGCCCUGAUCUUGUAGACAAAUAUCUGGAAGAGACAUCAAUUCGCUAUGUGACACCCAGAGCCCUCAGCGAUCCAGAACCGAGGCCUCCCCACCCCCCUAAAACAGUGCCUCCCCACUAUCCUGUGGUGUGCUGCCCCACUUCGGGCCCUCAGAUGUGUAGCAAGCGGCCAGCUCGAGGGAGAGCCACACUUGGGAGCCAGCGAAAACGCCGGAAGUCAGUGACACCAGAUCCCAAGGAAAAGCAGACAUGCGACAUCAGACUGCGGGUUCGGGCUGAAUACUGCCAGCAUGAGACUGCUCUGCAGGGCAACGUCUUCUCUAACAAGCAGGACCCACUUGAGCGCCAGUUUGAGCGCUUUAACCAGGCCAACACCAUCCUCAAGUCCCGGGACCUGGGCUCCAUCAUCUGUGACAUCAAGUUCUCUGAGCUCACCUACCUCGAUGCAUUCUGGCGCGACUAUAUCAAUGGCUCAUUACUAGAGGCACUUAAAGGUGUCUUCAUCACAGACUCCCUCAAGCAGGCUGUGGGCCACGAGGCCAUCAAGCUGCUGGUGAAUGUGGACGAGGAGGACUAUGAGCUGGGCCGACAGAAACUCCUGAGGAACUUGAUGCUGCAAGCAUUGCCCUGACCUUUUUUCCCUUCUCACUUCUCGGGGGACUUCUCACCACCCACCUCUGGAGCUUACAUACCGUUCUGGGGUUUGUCCUCUACCCUUCCAACCAAUCACACCCCUGCCUUUUUUUUUUUUUUUUUUUAAAGGAAAAGACAAAUGAAAAAUGGAAGUGGUGUUCCCCACCCCUCCCUGCACCCAUGUGCCUGGGCUUCCCUUUGUUUCCUUUUCCACCUACCCCCCUCAUGUGUGUCUCUACAGCCACCUUGCCAUUGAGCCAUAAGACAAAUGUAUAGGGAGAAGCAAAGUCUAUAGAACAUAGUCUUUGUAAGGGAUUGAAGUGAUCACUGCUUUUGGGUGCAUUGAGGGGUUAUCAGUACUUCUGGCUUUAUGAGGGCUCUUAAAUUUUGUCUGAGAAACCAAAGGGCUGUCAGUAGGGAGCUGUGUGGAAGGUGGGACUCUGAAGUGUAUUUUGGAAAUUAAUCACCACCCUCUCCCAAAUUAUAGAAUUUUUAAAAAACAAAGAAGCUGUGGCCCUUUCCACUCUCUUCUGGCCCUUGGUGCUGCUCCUCUCUGCCUCGUUUCCUCCAUUCCAUGGCUUGAAACCUCGGCCUGGUGUGGCUCCUUCCUUUUCCCUCUUUGUCAAACCCUCUUCAAAGGAGUAAUAGGUAAGCGGACUAGGUCAGCCUAGUCGCCCUCCCAACUGUGUUGUGUGUGUACACACAUACACAGGGUGGAUGGAGAAGAGGUUGCUGAUUAAAAUACACUCCCCCUAAAAAGGGGAAGGGGGAGUGUGACACUUCCUUUCCAUGUUCAAGUGAAAAUAAAUAAUGUACCCUGCAGCCCUUUUCCCCUUUGCUUUCUUCUGGCUUGGGCAAAGGGCAUCAUAGGUGAAAGUGAAAUGAUUCAAUAUCAAUUCCUUUCUUCUUUUUCUUUCCCCAUCCUCUAUCCCCACUCCCACCCCAAGCUUGGGAGCAUGGGGUUGGGACAUGCACUGAGUGUCGCACUUUUAUUUAGAUAGGGAGGCAUGUUGAAUGAGUCAGGAGGCCUAGAACUGGAGUCUAGUCCAGCUGGUACAAUACCACCUCCCCUUUCAGCUCCCAAAAGAGAUAUCCAGACACAGACUUUAUGAUGAUUAUAUUUUUUUCAUUGCCAGUGCUGCUCAGCCCUCAGCAUAACUUCAGUUUUCAUGAAAUAAACAGUGACUAUAUAAAAUUC